AGGAGAAGCCAGUUACCAUUGAAUGACGUGUUACGCAUAUUUCUCGAUUGUAAAUUGUAAAUAUAUCGAAAGUAGGUUAAUUAGGUAACAUAAUAGAAGUGUAGCCAUGACUGAUGAAUUGAAAUUAGAUCACCGUGCAAAAAAGAGGAUCAAAGAGGUUAAACGAAAGGCGAGGCCAGAACUUGGUGAUAAAGCGACUUGGACCCAACAUGGCUACAGUAAAAAGUUCGAAUUGUUUUGGAAUUUUACCGACAAUGUAGACCGAAUUGAGGAAUCCAAAGUGUCUACAGAAGAGUUCAUAGAAAAAUAUGAAAAACCUUACAAACCUGUGAUAAUACAAGGUGUUCAAAAUGAUUGGAAAGCCCAAUAUAAGUGGACUAUAGAGAGGUUAAUAAAGAAAUACAGAAAUCAAAAGUUUAAAUGCGGCGAAGACAAUGAAGGAUACAGUGUGAAAAUGAAAAUGAAGUACUACGUGCGUUAUAUGCUUAAUAAUGAGGAUGACUCGCCGUUGUAUAUCUUUGACAGUUCCUUUGGCGAACAUCCUAGACGAAAAAAAUUGUUAGAAGAUUACGUUAUACCGAAAUAUUUUCGCGACGAUCUUUUUCAAUACGCCGGCGAACACCGCAGACCACCGUACCGCUGGUUCGUCAUGGGACCCGCGAGAUCCGGUACGGGCAUACAUAUAGACCCUUUAGGGACCAGUGCGUGGAAUGCGCUGAUCUCGGGACACAAACGCUGGUGUUUGUUCCCUACGCAUACUCCGCGAGAUCUCCUCAAAGUGACCGCGGCUGAGGGUGGCAAACAAAGAGACGAGGCUAUCACAUGGUUUUCUAUUAUUUACCCUCGUACGAAAUUGCCUACGUGGCCGCAAGAUUGUUUGCCUAUCGAAAUUUUACAAAAUCCUGGGGAAACGGUCUUCGUUCCUGGUGGAUGGUGGCACGUCGUUUUAAAUCUCGACGAGACCAUCGCGGUCACACAGAACUUCUGUUCGCGUACGAAUUUCCCAGUGGUAUGGCAUAAAACGGUGAGAGGGAGGCCAAAGUUAUCACGCAAAUGGUUAAAAGUACUCAGGGACAAAGAGCCAGAAUUGGCGGCUCUCGCUGAAACGAUAGACGUUAAAGAAGAUACGGGUGUUGCCAGUGAUUCUUCCAGCGGUUCGUCGAGUAGCUCUUCGAGUAGCAGUAGCAGUAGUCAGUCGCAUGACAGCGCGGAUGACAGUGGUCAAGAAUCAUUAACGACGCAUAAAAAGAAGAAGAGAAGAAAACUAAACAACAGCCAACCCUGACAAUAUCAAGCAUUUGGGACCUACAGAGACCUCAGACUGUACAGUAUUAACCAACAAUUAUUGUUUGUACUAAGAGUAAAUAUUAUAAUUAUUACCACCUUCAUGUUCAUAAUAAAAUAAAUGCUAGGUAAUACCAAAUUUGUUCUUAUUAA